ACUGACAGGUCCAGCCAAGUCCGAAUCUUGCACAAUGAACUGCUGAUCGGCAAAACAUGUGGAACUCAUUUUGUUUGCUCAUGGUAUUUCACACGAUAAGACGCUUUCUGAAAGCUGUUUAAAUGCAGUUAAGUGCAGUGCUUUUAGGCCUCCUGUGUCCAUGAUGUAGAAGGGCACUGACAAGCAGGCCCUUAUCCGUCCAUUCCGUCCGUCAUCUGAUAAUAUGCCGAGCAUGCAGGAGAAGAGGAGAAGGAGCCCACCAGAUCCAGAUCAAGAGCCCAAGGAUCUGUGUCGACUCCUUAGUCUGAUCUCCACUCCAGCCAGCAAACAACAGCUUCCGUCCUUAAGCUAUGAGUCUUGUGACCCUGGUUCUGGGGGAGACAAGUGGCCACGCCCACAGCCUAAGUCAGGGUCUCAUCAGCACCAGUCUACUGAGGCAGUGGCACUGGAGACAUUCAGUCAGCGAUAUCAGAAUGAGCGCCACUUCAGUCACCACUCACAACAUGCAAAGUUUACAGAGAUCUUCUCAUCUCUCACCAAACACAGGCUGUGUUGUAGUGAGUGGACGAUUCGAGCUCCUCCUGAAAAUGUUCUCCGUGUUUUGAUCUGUGUCCGGAUCCUGAUGCGGGACUCCACAUAUCAGAAACAGUUUUUUCAGCUAGGAGGCGUCAAGCACUUGUCGGAGCAUUUCAAGAAGGCAACUGACAGCUACCUGAGGUUUGGUGAUGAACCCUUUCUGCUGGAGAUACUAAAGGAGAUGACAAAUAUAUUCCAGAAGUUGUCAGCAGUGACAGAACAGAGGGAGUGGCUGGUGGCUUGUGAAGCCCAUCAGACCCUGGUUCUCCUGCUGGCUGCUAGCGAUGUGUUCGUUCUCCAUUCCUCUUUGUAUGCUCUCAUCGGACUUGCUCAGAGCCCGAAGCCAAGGCAGUUGAUUGGUGAACUCAGCUACUGUAUAGAGAUACUUCUACGCUUCAUACAGGAGUACGAUACUUUGUCAAAAAAACUGGCCGCUAGUCUAUUACGGUAUCUGUGUGCUGAUGCUCAAAGUAGGGACCUGGUCAGGUUGUACGACGGGGUGCCCAUCCUGCUCAGCCAGCUACACUCGGACAACGUGAACCUGUUAUGGCAUGUGGUGUGGUGUAUUGUCCAGCUGUGCUCGGACACGGACACCAGCAGCGACAUCCGACAGCUGGGCGGGAUCCCUCUGCUCCUCUCUUUGCUACAUGACCGUACGUUUGUGACGGAGAGAUCAGAGGCUAGUGAUGGUGCAAUGGCAAGUGCUGGAAUACAUGGCAGAACUCCAGCCAUCUUAGAUGCCGAGGGUAUGGAGGAUUAUGGCCGGGCGAAGCGUGGUAAGACCAAGCAAGAGGAAAUCAUGUACAGGCAGUAUGACCUCAAAUCAGCAUGCUGUGCAGCGUUGACGGAGCUGGUCCUGAAUGAUACCAACGCUCAACAGAUUGUACAGGCUAAUGGCGUCUACUCCCUUGGCCUGCUCAUCCUGCCCCAUGAAGCCGGACACAAGGAAUCCAAGACGGUCGAAAAAUUACAGAGAAAUGCAUUCCGAGCUCUGAGGUUCCUGUUCAGUAUGGAGAGGAAUCGUCGUCUGUUCAAGUGUCUGUUCCCGCCGAAACUGUACGAGAUAUUUAUUGAUGUUGGACAUUACAACAAGGAUCUCUCAGCCUACAAGAAACUUGUACACAAGAUGAACAGUUUGCCAAAAGAUCAGAUAGAAGAGAUCCGAGAAAACAUCUGCGAUACAAAUCAGGAGCGAUCAGCCUCCAAAUAUAUCGGUGACUACGCAGUAUUUGAGUUGUUGGGGAGCGGAGCUUUUGGGUCGGUGUUCAAGGUCAAGAAGAGGUCUGCCGGACAGACCUUCCUGGCUUUGAAGGAGCUAAAUCUGCAGCACUCGGCGUUCGGGAAGAAUGCGAAGGAGAAGGAACAGAGUGUUGGGGAGAUCCAGAACGAGCUGAACAUCAUCCGACAAGAGCUCCGCCACCCAAACAUCGUCAGAUACUGCAAGACCUUCGUGGAGUGUGAUCGACUUUACAUUGUCAUGGAGCUGAUAGAGGGCGCUCCACUCGGGGAACAUUUCAACUCACUCAAGGAGAAAAAGGAAAAGUUUCAGGAAACCAGGAUUUGGAAUAUAUUUAUGCAGAUGGUGCUGGCAUUGAGAUAUCUGCACAAGGAGAAGGGAAUCGUCCAUCGAGACCUCACCCCCAACAACAUCAUGCUCGGGGAGAAUGACAAGGUCACCUUCACUGACUUUGGGUUAGCCAAACAGAAGAGAAGUGACUGCAGCAAGAUGACAUCAGUUGUGGGGACAAUACUAUAUUCAUGCCCGGAGAUAGUUCAGAACCAGCCGUACGGGGAGAAGGCGGACAUGUGGGCCCUGGGAUGUAUCUUGUACCAGAUGUGUACACUCAACCCACCUUUCUUCAGCAACAACAUGCUCACCCUCGCCACAAAGAUCGUGGAGGCGGACUAUACACCCAUUCCAGAGGAAGACUACUCAGAGAGGCUGAGGUCUACCAUCAGGAGCUGUAUCACCGCGUGCCCCGAGUCGCGGCCGGACAUCCUGCAGCUAAGUGGGCAACUCGUGGACAUCCUCCUGGUCAACAUGGACACCCUGAGGAUUCAGCAGGCAAGUCUGGAGAGGAAGCUCGACAGAGAGAGGAAGAGAACACAGAAGCAUUUCUUCGAGGCCAAUAGGAACAUGCAGAACUAUCACAAGCUAUUCCUUGCAUCACAAGAGAGAUAUGACAAGCUGGCUAACCUGUCUGCUAGUGGAGGUGCUGCAGGGUUUAAGGACUCUGAGAGCAGUGAUGGUGUGUUCCUGGAUGGGAUGGAGUCUCGAAAGGAGAAAGUGAGCUCCUCAUCUUCCAGCACUGACCACCAGGACACAGAGCAGGAGACGGUGGAGCAAGGUUGGACGAGUGAUGAUGAGAGCUGCCCCAGUAGUGGCAGUGAGAGUCGAGAGAGCAGCGCAGGCAGCACACGGUCACGGGGGCGUGUCAACUCCCGUAAAACCUCAUCUGUGCCACAACCACCUACCCCCAGCACACCCAAACUUUUCCGAGAUGCACGACGCAGGGCAGCAAAACGAGAUCCAUUCUCAUUGCUUACUCUUGAAAUUCCAAACCAAUCCAAGGCAAGUCGCGAUUCUGGUCUCAGUUCCGGAGACCCAUCCCCCAAUAACAGCCACUCCUCUAUCACUGCCCCAAUUGAGCACUCCCUUGUAGGAAGGGGAGAUAACAAGCCUAACUUCCGACGAUCUCAGAGCUCUAAUGAUACUGUGUUAGCUCAUGCUUCUCGUAAGCUCGAAACCCGGUCUCGAAGUGCUGCCACUCUGGCAAUAUCUCCGAACCGCCUGCGAGAAAUCAGUGACCCCAUUAUACAGAUGCUGCACCAGCUUCAUAAGAUCAUCUAUGUCACUCAGAUGCCUCCCACAUUGUGUCCCAACAGCAAGAGGAGAAUGAUUGAACAGUUCAAGCGAGCACUCUUUUCUCCAAACAGCACUUCCAUGAAUCUCAAGAAUGAGCUCAGGAAGCUGUUGCAGGGGUCACGUGAUGUUAUAGACUUGAAUCUGGGCGUGCCGGACACCCCCAGAAAGCAGACAUUCUCCUUGGCCGAUCAGGAGAUGUUCUCCUUCAGCACAGAGAAGCUGGCGGCUCGGAGCUACAAUCCAGACUUUCGUGAUGUUGGAAUUACCUACGAACAGAUGCAAAAUAUGAUAGAUGAUACGCUUGUGGAUUGUGGGUACUACAGUGUGUCAGCAAGGCAACGGCAGAAGACCCCACCUCUUACAUCUGUCCAUGAUGUUUUCCGAAGCAGAAUGGACUCAUUUGGGUCAUGAAAUGGCACUCGGUGUCUAAUCCAGUGGGCUGCAAUCUGUUGAUGCUGAAAAAAUUCUUUAUUCUUUGUUUUUAUGCUUGGUUUAUUACUUUGUAAUAUAAUUACUCAAAGUAUUGUUAAGUGCUUUCAAACAGGGAUGUUGAACAGAUGAUCUAAAAUAUGAUGAGCAUGAUAUGAUAAAAAUAAAAGAAUUGGUUCUCAGGCAAUGACUUUUGAAAAUAUAGUGUGGGUGGGCGGUAUUUUUUGUUUUUUUUCUUUGCUUGUUCAAACCAAGUAAACAGUUGUGUACCAUCAAC